CUAUUUAUGCAAUAGAUUUUGGGAUACAGUCGGAUAUCCUGUGUGGGUGUUUUACUCUACAUCGUUUUGCAUACCUAGGCGAAAUAUAUAAACGUUUCACCAUACGCCCCCGUGCCUAGCCAUUUAAUUAGAUCCCCGGGGUGCGGAUCAGUUUGGCACCGUGUCUGCGUGCAAGCGAAACCGGCAGUUUUUUUUUUUUUUUUUUUUGCUCUCGGAGCCCUGGCCGCGGUCCUCGCGCUGAAUUCACUUCUGCACCGGCGGCGCGGGAAGAAAAUCGAGCCCGCAGUCGAGCUGCUGCUGUUGGGGUAAAGUGUUCUGCACGACUCGGACAGACGGCAAUCCAAGCGUUGCAGCCGCCGACAAGCAGAGUGUAAUGUUUUGGUCGAUGCGCGAGUCGCUGUGGGAAUGAGACUGCGAGGCAGGGAUUUGGAGGAUUCCACUGUCUCCUGGAUACCAAGCGUCCUGGGUGUGCAGAGCGUCAGGCUCCGCCUUCGCCUUGAUCGCCGUGACGACAGGGGGAGGGGCCUUUGGCAACUGGUUGACCUGGGAGAGGAAGCGCAGAGUGGGCACCGGAUACGUGAUAGGACACCUCCUACUUGUUCACAAAGUCUGAUGAGUAUUCCUGCUGCUGCAUCAGUUCAGUCAGGAGGUGGAGAGAUGCAAUCACCUGGGGCCAUUAGCCCUUCAUUCCUCCCGCCCCCAAGUGGAAAAGUUCCAGGUCGCAAGAGGGGUCGUCCACCCCUGAAGAGGCACCCGGAAUAUCAGAGUCGCUAUCCAGAAUCCCUCCCACCCAUUAAAGUGCCUAAGAAAAGAGGAAGGAAGCCUGGCUUUAAGCUGAAGUCUCGCUUGAUGACUCCCCUGGCUAUCUCUCCUCCCAGCAGCACCCCAGAGCCAGACAUGAGCUCAAUCCCCCAGGACGCUGCUACUAUCCCCCACUCAGCCACCCCGCAGGUCCUCACAGUGUGUAUUUACGUGAAUAAGCAGGUGAACACGGGUCCUAACCUGGACAGGCAGAAGGUGCUGCAGCUGCCGGAUCACUUGGGUCCCGCCAGGCCCUCUGUGGUGCUGCAGCAGGCGGUACAGGGCUGCAUCGACAGUGCGUUUCAACAGAAAGCUGUCUUCACCUUGCUUACAGAGGGCUAUGGAGGAGAAAAGAUCUCAGCCACCUUUGAUGGUAAACAGCAUCUGUUGAGUUUGCCAGUGGUCAACAGUGUAGGUUAUGUUCUACGCUUCCUCAAAAAGUUGUGCCGAAGCCUGAUGUGUGAGAACCUCUUCAGUGACCAGCCCAUCGCUCCUUCAUCGUCCCCCUCCUCUUCUUCCUCAUUCCACACUGAAAAGCACUCAGAUGGACAGCCCAAGUCAACAGACUCGAUGGUGGAUGAUUACCAUGGCGAUUCAAUGGACCCUAAGCGCUAUUCUGUUGACCCCAGCGACUCUGCUUUUGGAGCGAUGUCCUCACCGUACACAGCAAGUAAACCUGCAUAUGGUUUUCGUUCUGGCCCUGUCUACUCUGGAGGUGUGUGCAGGCAGGCAGCCAGUCCCAGCACAUUCCAGGAAGGAAACAGAAGUGCCUACAGUCCAUCCCCAGAUGGAGGGGAGGCGAAGCCCCCACCCAGUAAGGAUCCCUCCAGGUGGAGCGUGGAUGAGGUGGUGUGGUUUAUCAAAGAUGCAGAUCCUCAAGCGCUGGGCCCUCACGUGGAUCUCUUCAGAAAACAUGAGAUUGAUGGGGAUGCUCUUCUUCUCCUGAAGAGUGACAUGAUCAUGAAGUACCUGGGACUCAAGCUGGGCCCGGCUCUCAAGCUUUGCUACCACAUUGACAAGCUAAAACAGAACAAGUUCUGACCGGUCUCUGCACCUUACACACACACACACACACACACACAGAUGGAUUCACUCACAGUAUUUACUCUCACUCUCAUUUGUUGUAGUACUGGACGUUUUUAUCGCCCAUUCUUUGGUCAUUCAAGGACAAGCACCAGAGCAUUGUUUUUUACUUGUGUGGUUUGUCUGCCUGUAUAUUGGGACAUUUCACUGACCAGAACAUUUGCUUGUUCUAAUUUUAAGUGUGCAAGCGUUUUAUUGAUUACUUGAUUGAUAUCUGAACACUGCUCUAAUCAAAAGGCAAGUCAUCUCAGCUGCUUUCUGGGAUUUGAGUUUUUAUUCUCAAGUGAGAGUGCAGAUGAAUUAGAACUGUAAAUCAUCCUUCUUCAAAUGGACGGAGUUGUAACAAACGUAUUAGGUCACAGUACUCGCUCCCAUUUUUACAGAGCCAUGGACUGUGACUAAAACCCUGUGAACUUCAGCCACCUGCUGGUAAAGUGGAGUCACUUCAACUCUGUGACACUUUCCCCCUGUUCUAACCAGGAACCAUUCAG